GCUCCCUCUCAGUGAGGACUGACCCCUCACACACACAAACUAACACUCUGUAGCAUGUGCUGAAAGAGCUUUCAGUAAUCUGUGUGCUAGACUUAACAAAACUGCUCUUGGGUUCUCAUGCAUUCUCUGUAGUCAUUUUUCAUUUGUUUUUAUGUUCAUGUCGUAGAAAAGUGAACUUUGCAGCUGCCACAACAAGAAGAGGAGGUCCUCAUGGUAGAUUCCUGCAUCCCGCUGUGAGUGCUGUACCUACACACAUACUCAGCACAAUGGCACAUGGCUUUCCCCGUCUAAAAGGCUUUAAUUACUGGUGUUGAUGAAUCUGGGGAAGACUGCUGGCUUUGUUUCUGGCCUGAGCUCUGAGCUGGAUGGUGAGUUUCCAGGGUUACUCUGUAUGAAAGGAGGUGCAAAACAAGCAGCAUAAAGAGCAAAAGAGAAACGUUUACUGGUCUCACUACUUACUACCGCUGACUGAUCUAAAUCAGCCACUGAGCGAUGAGGGUUUCUAAAAGAGAGUCGGCCACUGAUGAAGGUACUGACAAAACCGUGAAAGACGAUGCAGUUCAUCUCAGGAGGAGGAUAGGCCUGUUGCAAUCAAUUUCUUUCAUCAUUGGCACUGUGGUGGGCAGCGGCAUCUUUAUUGCUCCCAAAGGCGUGUUGAUGAAUUCGGGCAGUGUGGGAUUGUCCCUGCUGGUCUGGACUCUGUGUGGCAUCCUCUCCACUUUUGGUGCUUUAUGCUAUGCUGAGUUGGGAACAAGCUUUAGAAAAUCAGGCGGUCAUUACACCUACCUGUUGGAGACCCUGGGACCCCUGCCUGCCUUCCUGCGACUGUGGACUGAGUUCAUAUUCAUCAGACCUGCAGUGGCCUCGUACGUGUCUCUGGCUUUUGGUCAGUAUGUAGUGGAGCCGUUAUUCAUGCCGUGUGCUGCUCCAACAGCUCUGGUCAAACUCGUCAGCAUGUUGGGAGUCACGUUUGUGGUGGCAAUGAACUGCUGGAGUGUGUCAAUGGCAGCACGUACGCAGGUCUUGCUGACCUUCAUCAAGAUGUUUGCUCUGAUUCUGAUCAUCAUCCCAGGCAUCAUGGCUCUGGUCAAUGGGAAAACUGAAAAUUUCCAGAAUGCCUUUGACUCAGAUUCUUUAACUCUGACCAAACUUCCUUUGGCCUUUUAUUCAGGUCUUUACGCAUAUGGUGGAUGGUUUUAUUUAAAUUUCAUAACGGAAGAGGUAAUUAACCCAAACAGAACCAUCCCAUUUGCUAUCAUUUUCUCCAUGGUGACUGUUACCGUGUGUUACGUGCUGGUCAAUGUGGCUUAUUACACCAUGAUGACUGCAAAUGAGUUACUGAUGUCAGAUGCCGUAGCAGUGACAUUUGCAAGUCGGGCUCUGCAGGGUAUAGCUCCAGCAAUACCAGUAUUAGUUGCUCUUUCUUGCCUUGGAGCUCUUAAUGGAGGAUUUUUUGGUUCACCCAGGAUGUUGUUCGUAGGAGCAAGAGAGGGUCACUUCCCGGCUAUCUUCUCCAUGAUCCAUAUCCGCAGACAAACGCCACUGCCAGCUGUGCUAUUUCUGUAUCCUAUGGUGAUCAUCAUGAUGGCAAGAGGAGAGAUCUUUCAACUGAUCAACUUUGCAUCCUUCUCUCGUUGGCUCUUCAUUGCCUUGGCCACCUUGGGAAUGAUCAUUCACCGCUACAGAUUUCCAGAUCAUCCCAGACCAUUCAAGGUCCCUUUAGCAAUUGCGGUGGUCUUUACCAUAGUGUGUUUCUUCAUCGUGGGCCUGUCCUUGUAUUCAGACCCCUGGAAUACAGGCGGCAGCUGUGCCCUCACAUUAUCAGGAGUACCUGUGUAUUACCUGACAGUCAAGAAGUCAUACAUACCUGAACGCUGGAAAAAAGCCUUCAAUUAUAUAAGCCUACAUCUGCAGAUACUCCUGGAAGUGGCUCAGCAGGAAGUUCAGACCUACUGAUGGAACUUCACCAAACACCAGCUGAAUUCAUGCCAACUAACAGAUCUGAGUGUCAAAGGGCAUCAAUGUUGCAU